ACACUGUGGACACACGGACUCAUAUCUGUUCAAAAAAACCCAAAUAGAAAAUCUAAAAAAGUCAUUUUACUUGCUCAGAUGUCAAAGUGUGGAAGCUUGACUGGUGAGUUGUUGACGACGUGAUUGGGCUGCAUUUGCUGAUACGAGGGGCAGUUUCAGUUUGAGCGGUGAUGUUGCAACUUCAGUCCUACAUGGAGGCUGUGUCGUGUGAGAGUGGGGGAUUUUGUUUGUGACAGAUCGUUUAUUUGUGAGAGGGAGGUCGCUGUGCAGAGAUGGCUAUGGUAUGCCUGACAGACUUUGAGGAAUAUGCUAAAGAGCAUCUCUCAAAGGCUACCUGGGAUUAUUACGCAGCCGGAGCGGACGAAUGCUGCACCAGGGACGACAAUCUACUGGCUUACAAAAGGAUCCGUCUGAGGCCUCGUAUCCUCCGGGACGUGUCGGUGAGUGACACAAGGACCACAGUGCAAGGGACAGAAAUCAGCUUUCCAGUCGGUAUCGCUCCGACUGCCUUUCACUGCCUGGCCUGGCAUGAAGGAGAAGUGGCAACAGCUCGAGCCACGGAGGCACUAAACACCUGUUACAUCACCAGCACUUACUCCACCUGCUCAGUGGAGGAGAUUGUGGCAGCAGCACCGAACGGUUACCGCUGGUUCCAGCUGUACGUGUACCGGGACCGCAAGCUGUCCGAACAGAUUGUGCAUCGUGUGGAGGGGCUCGGCUACAAGGCCCUGGUCCUCACUGUCGAUGUCCCGUACACCGGAAAGCGCCGCGACGACAUUCGCAACCAGUUCAAGCUGCCACCACACCUCAAGGUCAAGAACUUUGAUGGAGUGUUCCAGCAGGAGACUGCAGCUCCAGAGGAAUACGGGAUACCGGCCAACACCUUGGACCCAUCCAUUAGCUGGAAGGACGUGUACUGGCUGCAGUCCAUCACCCGCCUGCCCAUUAUCAUCAAGGGAAUCCUGACCAAGGAGGACGCCGAGCUGGCUGUGGAACAUGGCGUCCAAGGCAUCAUUGUGUCAAACCACGGGGGGAGACAGCUGGACGGAGGCCCAGCUUCGAUUGACGCUCUGUCGGAGAUUGUGGACACGGUGCAGGGCAGGAUCGAGGUCUAUCUGGACGGAGGCAUCAGGACAGGAAGUGACGUAUUGAAAUCGCUGGCCUUGGGAGCCAAGUGUGUUUUCAUUGGUCGUCCAGCAGUGUGGGGCCUUGCAUACAAGGGCGAGGAAGGAGUGCGGGAGGUGCUGCAAAUCCUAAAUGAUGAGUUCCGUCUGUCCAUGGCUCUAUCAGGUUGCAGGAACGUGGCGGAAAUCAACAGGAACCUCAUUCAGUUCUCUAAACUCUAACAGAGCAAAAGAGGGCGCCACUGAGGACGAUAACGACACCCACUGACAGGACUGAACCAAACCAACAGUGUUGAACGAGAGCCUGGGACAAAGAAACUGAAAGAUGUUCAUCUCAGAACUCAUGACUUUAUCAUGUCAGGAAACAUGCUAAACAGCUUCAUGCAAGAGUGUCCGAGUGAGACGGUGUCUUGGGGAAGAUGAGGGUCGGCGGCAGAUUUAGCAAGUGAAUAAUGAAAGUGUUUUUUUUAGAUUUUGGAUUGGAGUCGAUGGAGGCACUUUUCAUGAAAUGAGACAUAAGCUUGUAAUUUGGUUUAGUUUCCAAGCUGACUGAUAAUGACGAACACUACGGUUUGAGAUGCUGAUGGUGAUUGUGGUUGAAUAAACGCCUGCUGAGGUGAUGAAGAUC